CUACAUAUCCUUUGUUUUCACAGAAUAUGGAUGCCAUAUUUAGCUUUGAUGUAUGUUUUGGAACAAGUAGUUAAUAGUUUUGUUAAAAAUGUGAAGUUAUUCUUGUUUGUCAGUUUAAUGUAAGUGGGAAAAAGUAAGGGUGUAAAAAAGUGUUACGAACGCACGUAGGGUCUUCGCUGUCUGCCUUUUUAAACUCGAAAUGUUAGUGUUUACAUGGAAGAUUGAAAUGUUGGAUGUCUAUUUUCGGAGUUUAAGAAAAAUUAUCUGACCUGGAGGGUGUUGGAGACAUUCAACAGGGCAACGGCGUCGAUGCCUGCUCAGCAAUUGUCGAUGGUGGUGAUGCAGAAAAUUCCGCUAAAGUCAUGAGCGUCUGUCUAGAACCGAACUCGAUCCUUACCAGUUCGUCAAGUACAGUCUCUACCCAAAAAUUGUUAGAUACCGAACUAGCUACAUCGUUGGGUAACGAUCCGAAAGAAGCAAUAACAUCACAAAGUGUUGCCAAACUAGUAAUUACACCAACUUCGUGUCCAUCCAAUUCUGUUUUGCACAAAGUGCCGACUAGUUCUGUUAUAACGGUGGUGAAUGCCACCGGACCGUUGACAAUCCUCAAAACUUUAUGCUCGAAUUCUUACGGGACUGCUGCUCCCCAGUUUACUUUGGUUAAUUCUACGCCUUUAAAUGUCUCUAAUGCUGCUGGGAAACCGAUUACUGUUGUCGGGGCCCCGCCAAUUACCGUAGUGAGAACGAUUCAAAACAUUAAUCUGAAUCAAGGCGAAGAGAACGUGAGAAGCACCGACACUUCUGGGGGUUCCAUUAGUAACUUGAUCGUCAGUAACGGACCGAUAAAUGCCGAAAGGCCCCCUAUACAUAAUGUAUUUGUCAAAAAUACAUUAUCGUCAGAAUUACUACCAUCGGCAGAACCAUCAAAGAUACAAAAAGUCAAUUCAUUUUCGCCAAAUAAUGUUUUACCCGCAUUGACGAGUGGAAAUGUUAUAAAAACUGUGAACGGUCAAAAAGCAGCAACACCAACGCCUACGAGCAAUAAAUUAAAAAUCGUAAGCAACAUUAUAGUUCCGCCAACCAGCAGUGCCAUUCCAACGUGUACAUCCAACCCCCCCUCGAAUAUUGUACUGAAUAAAUCUCAACCGGUGGCGAGAAACCUGUUGCCUCAUAAACCUGUAGGUAACCCUCUGAACGGUGCGCCGAAAUUUUUAAAUCGUUCACCUCCCAUCAAUAAUUUUCCGAAUAAGUCAAAUUCGGCAAAAGGUCUCGCGCAUAAAUCGCAAAAGCUGGUCUACCCGACUCACAAGGGACAGUUGAAGACCAUUCCUCCUGUCUCGUUAGCUCAAAAGGUCGGAAUUAAGACUCUCGCACCACAAUCAAGGGGUAUAUCGAAUCAGCAUGUGCAAAGGACGAGCUCGGGAUUGAGGACGAUUCCGCCGCAACGUUCCCCAAAAAGUUCAAACAAGCCGAAUUAUAUCGGGAAGCACGCAAUUCAAGCGCAAAAGUUCAAGAAUCCUCAUAGUAUUGGCAAACUGAAGAGUACUAAACCACUAAUUCCAGCAGUUAACGUUUUCCCAAGCCGCACUCCUCAAAAUACUGGUGUCACAUAUCAUCAAGCCUUAACCGCAAAUAUUUUGCAAUCGCUUAGUGAGAGCAGCAGCAAUUCGUACACCAGAUCGUAUGACUUUGGUUCCAGAUAUGAUGGAAAUCAAGCCUUUUUGGACACAAGAAAUAAUGAGGUGACAACUCCCCCAGUUAAGCCGCAAUCAAAUUUAGAAGCGUUGUCGUUUGUUUGCCAAGCAGUUUUGCUAGAUCACAAUUACAACGCAACACCUCCCGCUGAAUCACUUAACAGAAAUGUACCGACUACAUCGACAUCGCCACAGCUCAACGGGUCAUCUCUAGGCUCAUAUUAUUCACCAAAUAGCAAUGCAAGAGUUCGUUCAUCUUUAGGUGGCUCGACCAACACCUUAUCGACGUUAUCCAGCAGCUCGAUCACUUCGGUUUUGCCUAACAGUAUCGCGGCGGGCGUCGUUCAAGAUGACGACGCCGCAUCCGACAUCAGCUGCGGUUCCGAUCGCAAAAUCGAAACUGAAGGUGAGGAGACCGACACCGCUCCGGAAGCGGAAGCCGUCAAUAAUGAGGACCAUUACGGCGACUACGUGACGCGUUGCAUUUGCGGUUUUCUUCACGAUGACGGUUAUAUGAUCGAAUGCGAUAAGUGCAAGGUUUGGCAACACGUUCGGUGCGUCAUUAAAAGUAAUAAGAAGGUUCCCGAUGAUUAUUUGUGCGAACUAUGUGAUCCGAAUAAACCCGUGGACCGGGGAAAGGCUCGUACCUUGCAACAGCAGUGGAUGAGAGAGAAUCAGGAGCGAGAGGCAAAACUAAGGAAGGAAGCGCGUUUGAGGGAAAUGAAACUUAAAGAAACCCUGAGCGAUAGUGAUUCAUCUGAUGCUGAAACGAUAGGGGGAAAUUUAUUAUCAAAGAGUCGUAUACCGUCAAAUAGCCGAAGAAAAAUGGAUCAAAACGCCAGACUUCCUCCACGUCAACGACGUGAAUCCAAAUCAGAAGGUAAAAGGAACAUCAAACGGAAAGAGAGGAGACCGUUUAAAAAGAAGGUGAAACCGCCUCCUAAAAAUCACAGCGACGAAGAGACCCAAGAAGGUUGGUCCCAUUCUUCAAUCUCUCAAAUGCCACAACUCCGUCAGUGGAUUGAGCACUAUGAGGAUGCCGUUACGAACCACUACUCUCCGGAGCUUCGAGCUCGUAUUUCAAACAUCAAAAUGAAUGGUAUCCAUUCAGAUCUGUCUUCGCAGAUCGAUAAUUCCGUUCACAAGUGUCGAAUUUUUACGCAGCCCUUGACGGGUUUAAAAUUUUUGGUAAGCGCGACGCAUUUGCCACCGAAUACGCCAGUUGUAGAACUUCGAGGCAAGUAUAUGCUGUCCACUCAGCACAGAACGAGUACGGUGGGACAUAGCGGAUCCUUAACUACACGACAACACGCUCAAAGACCAGGACCUUUUCUCUUCUUUUACCGGCUACACAAAGAUAAUACGGAAGUGUGCGUCGAUACGCGCACGUACGGUAACGAAGCGAGGUUCAUACGAAGGUCCUGUAAGCCAAAUUCGGAACUGCGACACUGCAUUGAGAAGGGCGUUCUUCAUCUGUACAUCUUCACGGUUACGGCGGUCGAGAAAAAUUGCGAGUUAACAAUUAAACACGAGUCGCAUGACUUGGCGGUCAUCGGAACGUGUCACGUGUCUUGUGCCUGUGGAAAUUCCAGUGAAUGUGCGGUUAAUAAACCGUCUAUUAAAAAUGAAAGUGAAUGCACAGAGGCUAAUAUGGUAGUUCGAAAGAGAAGAGGUCGACGUCUAGCUUCCACGACACCAGAAGUAGAACCUACAGCAUUAUUAACGCCGAAAGAAGAACCUCCCCCUUCUCCUGUGGAAGUCAAACAGGAAGACAUCGAAGUCAAACAGGAAGAUGAAAUCAAAACUGAACCCGAAGAAGAAGUUCAAAUCAAAGAGGAACUGGAGGAAAUCAAAAAAGAAGAAGAACCAGAGGCGAUCGUGAAAGAGGAGCCCUGUCGUAGUCCGUCGCCGCCAGUAAAAAAAUCGGGGCAACAGUCGAAAAGUGAUUCGGAGGACAAAAAGGAAUCUCCCACUAAAGAGUGUCUGUCCGCAGAUAAGCAAAAGUUGAGCCGCGAAGAGAGGAAACUACAGGCGAUUAUGAAGGCGUUUGAACGUAUGGAAAAGCAGGAGCAACGAAGACAAGAGCAUCAGGCGAAGCAGGCGCAUAGGCGAGAGUCUGAACCGUGCCCGUCGAAAGACGAUGAUAAAAUGGAUUCUAAAGUGAAAAGGCGGAGGAGGAAAGGUCGAGCUCGAACGAUAAGUACAAAUUCGCAGUCUCGACAGAACCGUUUAAAUUCUUCAGAUUCAUUGUAUGCCACGUCGGGUGAUGAAUGCAUGCUUUCUCCAACAGAUAGCUUACAUGUGCCCAUAAAAGAUGGCGAUUCUAAUCAUUCGCCUAGCAAAGAUGUCGGACUUCUGACAACAGUUGUGUGUGAUCCGGGAAACAGAAGCGAUGUUAAGAGUCCUAUACCGAACGUUGAUUGUAAUUCCAAUUCUGCAAAUUCCUCACCAGAAACGCCUCUUUCGUCAGCAUGUCUACUGGUUGCUGCAGCUGUGGAGCCAUUGGAACCAAAUUUCAAGUUCCCAAAAACGAAAAAGGGGUUAAUGAACGAGUGGAUAACUAAAAGCACGGAAUGUAUACAGUCCGCAAGUUCCAUCUCGCCUUCUUCACUUACACCACACAUUGUUCCUGUGAGUACACCAGAGACCUAUUACGAGAAUGCGACCAACAACUUUUUUGGUGCCGCAAAAAAUUUGGUUGCAUUAGCGCAGGCCGCCAAUUAUUGUGAUCUGCCUACUCAGCCAUUGGGAAAUGCGAAGAAAAGGUGGCUUCGACAAGCCAUCAGUGAGGAUCAAUGCGACAGUCCGAGUAGUCGGCCAGAAUCACCUCCAUUGACCGAAAUGGUUCCACCUCCAAAGAAACGUCGACUUCCUCGAGAAUCUCUCUCCUCCGACAACUCGCCGCCUACGACACCAACAAAUUUCAAUUUGGCAGUAAAUGGAGGCGAAGAAGUCAAAAGGUUUAAGGAACACGAAGAUAGGGUCGAGAUCGUCACUGCGGGGAAUGACGGUGACAGUCCAACCAGGGUAGUGAUAGACGACGCGUCUUUGAAGGAGCGGGUCGCCGAAAUGCAGCAAGAAAUUGGUGCGUGUUUUCGUUUACCCGAGCCUAUUGUAGAGGUACCACCAAAAGAGUUAGCGUCUACCACUCCUCCUCCUCUUCGUUGUGCGCUGGAUCCUAGACUGUCAAGGCCCCUUUUCAACACAAGUGAACAUUUAGUAGCGACUGUAGAGAAGAAUUUGAGCAUACUGGGUUUCGAGGAUAAAACCACACAUGCGGCGCCAAUUAAGAGAAAGCUGUCAAUAACGGAGUAUCGGCAGAGAAAGCAGCUGACCUUGAAUGAAAAACUGGUAGACGAAGCGGUGAGUGAAGAAAAUACAUCUUCGCAAUCUCCGCCGUUGAAGCUACGUACUAGAAGCGAUAGUAACAGUAGUGCCACGUCCUUCGCUUCUUCUGAUGAAGAAUUUCGACCUCCGGAAUUAACUCAAAAAGCAUUAUCUGCAUUCAAUUCCGAACCCACCGAGUUGGAGAAACAACGGGAGAGCGUCAGUUUACGAUUGAAGAAAGCAUUCGGGUUAUCGAUAGACGAAGAUUCCCGUAAGCCAGCGUUGAGCAUGGAAACGUUGCUAAACUGUGAUUUAAAUUCCGCAAAAACUUCACUCCCAGGUUUCGGUUCGACGGUUUCCACAUGUAGUGAAAGUAAUUCCAAUCCUCCCAUCUUAGAAACGGUAUCCGCCGAAGAGUCGGAGACGUGCUCGACGAUGGAGGUUGUUAAAUCCGAAGUUAUUUCCGAUUCUUCUUUGGCAAAGGAAGAAUUGACCGUUGCUAGAGUUCCAACCCCUUCUGAAGUAAACGAAGGCGUCGUUAAUCCGAAAAUGUUUUAUAUUCCGGACGAGGAGGAUGCAGAUAAGACGGGAAAGGAAGAAGCCGAAAGUAUACCGGAUGCUAAAUGUGAUGAAUUUGUAGUCGUCGAAAGUACAAAUUACGUUCCACCUUUCAAUAAUCCGGUAUACCCAAAUAGUAGCUUUACAUCGUUUGGUUCUGUGAUAGAUGACGAAACACGGUAUGAGGGACGAAAUCCAUCACCGCCGCCCGAAUUAACCAGCGCGCCGAAUUACUCGUCCCCUUGAAAGCAUCGAAUUCGUAACGCGAUCGGUUACAGUUUGGGAUCUUGCAAUGUGUGACAUUAAAAAGUGUAAGCGUUGUUAUGAAAAGGAGUGGUUGCCAUCGGUGGUUAGUAAGAACGUGCAAUGAUUUUAGAUAGGCUUUAUUUUAAUAUAUUUACAAGAUUAAGUUCUGUAGUGAAGAAACAUUGGGCGAGUAUUAAUUAUGCGCAUAUGGGGUUAUCCUACUGUACAUAGUUGAGAUUGUUUUUAUUUUGGAGAUUUAUUUUUUAAUGUUACUACGAUUCUUGCCUUCCAUCUAUAUUCUCAAUUCAGUAAAUUAUUUUAAUCUCGGGUGUAGAUAUUUGGCAAGAAUAAGAUAAUACAUACAUGUACAUAUACUACUUUUGUGAAACAAUUAUACAAGAUCAAGGAUUAGCUAAUUAAAACUUGUUGAUAUUUCUGAGAAAACAAUGUCAUGUUUCCCACAGAGUACAAUUUGUUGUUGUUGUACAUAAUUUUUAUAUUAGAACGAUGAUGUGGGAACCAUCACGAAGUUGUUAUAGCUAUAAAAGAUAAAGUACAAAAUUGUAUAAGAGACAAAAGUUUGAUCUCUCCCAUUAACAGUAGAAGAUUUUUUAUUUUCUGUAGAAUAAGAAUUUAUGAAUAAUAUUUCUAAGGUAUAACUAGUUAAUGGUACUUGUAUUAAAUGUUAUUUUAUUAUCAUAGUUGUUAGAGUGUAAAUGCAAAUUUUACAUUAUUAUUAAGUUGUGCAUUUUGUUUAUGUACCGAUCCGACAUCUUAUGUUUCACAUUUUGUUUCUUUUAAGUACACGGAAAAUUAUAAGGCGCCCUCGUUUCGUGAUUCCCGGUGAUUUAAUUGUUAACAUGAGUUGUUGCUGUUUUAUAGGGCCAUGGAUGUACAUAUGCCAUUUGUUUUUCCAUCAUCUGUACAUAUUUGCAGAAAAAUAUUUAUAUAGAAAUUAUAAAUCAGAAUUUGUACAUGACGUCGAUACAUUUUAUUUCAAAUUUGUUUGGUCUAUUUGUAUAAAUUCUAGAAAUUAUUUAUUUUUUUUUAUACUUGAAUUAAAGCGUUACUACUGA